AUGAAAAUUUUAAAUUUUUAAAUAGAGGAUUAAUUGCAAUAAUUUCACUUUGAUCUCUUUAACGACACAAUGAACAACUAAUAGGACAUUGAAUACACUCAUUAUUAUGAAGACUUAAGAAUCUUCCGUUAAUAAAAUCUGGGCAUUUUACGCAAAUAUUUUAAUUAUUUCUUUUAAUACAUUAAACACAAUUUUCAGGACAUGUUCGAAUACAUUGAUUAUUGUAAAGUUCAUAUCCAGUUUAACAAAAUUUGCAUCUGACUUCAUAAUCUUCAAUAUUUUUAGAAGUGCCAAAAUCAAUAAAGGAAUGUGAUUAUAAAUUAUCAUCAAUAGCAGACCUGUAAUAAGAUCGAAUUUCAGUUUUCCAGUUGUCCUUUGAUUUUUUAUCCUAUUAGUAACACG